CUAAAACCCGCGUUAUCAAGGUUGUCUUCCCCACGCCCUGCGAAUCUAGAAACCGUGAGAUCAACAGAAAAUAGAGAAACAACAGAUUUGGUGAAACAAUUACGGGAGGACCGGUGACAAGGAAGCAUUUGCUGGCGGAAUGAGUAGCCGCCAUGGAUGCUGCUGUCGCUUCCUCUGCGCUCCGCUAUCGGAAGAGUCCUCUCAACGAUUUUCUUAUUGGACCAUUGUUUACUUAGAAUAGAAAUUUUUUUGUUUGAAUGGUCAAUUUAGUCCAAUGACACCUAUUUUUAAUAACUGCAAUUGUUUGGAGAUUUUGCCUUUCUCACUUUACAUCCUUAUCCGCCUAUACAAAUUUAAAAUUGAGUUUGACUGCUGACUAUGAUCAAGACUCUCUUCGACAAUCAAAAAUUGAGAUUUGGAAGUACGUCUGGCAGUCGCGACUAAAUCGUCGCGAGUCUGGAGCCGUGUACUUUUUGGAUUUAUUUAGUGGACGAGGAUUAGUCGGGUGGCAACUGGAAGAACCUUGAAAAAAAAAACAUUGCAGAUAUUGACUUCAUCUGGGUCGGCUUGUUCAUCCCUAUCAAGCUUGAUCGGGGAAAGUGAAUCCCCUACAUUUCUCUUUGUUGUUCAGGUUCUCGAAUGGUUGAAUCAGAUAGAAACGGCGAUUCUUAAUUACUUCUGAACGACUUGUCCACCGGGUUCCCCAAGUUCUGUCAGUCCUGUGCCCUAGUUCAGGUAGUAAUUACUUCGCUUCCAACUAUAGCGAUGUCCACCUCGGCGUCCACCUCGGCGUCCACCUCAGCGUCCACAUCAGAACCAUCUACCAUGUCAGGAUGCAAAACUAUGUUCAUUACUGAUUCGAUUUGGCCUUAAAGCACAGAUGUUAUGACCUGAAAGAUGCCCCUCCAUAAGACAGACCAUCGGUAGUAAUCUGCACCAGCGUUCAACAUGUACAAUUAAGUAGAAGAUGCUUCAUCACUGCUUUCCUAAGAAGGGGUGAGAAUAGGAGCUUCCACCACCAUUUUCAGGAGGAUAGAUUGGGACAAAUUCAGAAUUCCCUAACCUCUCCAAGAAUGAGGAAGGUAUACCUGAUCCCAAGAAGCAAGAAAUCUGGCUGCCGACAGCUUCACCUGCCCAUGCUGCCAGUAGUUCUUGCAAAGCUCCAAUCCACUCAAUCGAGGAUCUAGGAAGCAGUAGGGGCACCUAAGCCUUGUAAGUCAGCAUGGAGGCAAUGGCGUUAUCGGGGCUUGGGGAUGCAGCUAAUGUUGCACAGCUGACUGGCUUAGAUGCUGUCAGCCUCAUCCGCAUGAUAGCAAAGGCUGCCUCAACCGCGCGCAGCCACAAGAAAAAUUGCCAGAAAUUUGCACAGAAGCUGAAGUUGAUUGGUAACCUAUUGGAGCAGAUCAGAAUAACAGAGCUCAAGAAGCAUCCUUCUACUAGAGAACCAUUGGAGCUUUUGGAGGAUGCACUGAGGAGGUCUUACAUUCUUGUGCACAGUUGCCACGACUGCAAUUAUCUGUAUCUGUUGGCCAUGGGAUGGAAAAUUAUUAAACAAUUCAGGACUGCACAGUCUGAGAUUACUGAAUACUUGAACCUUAUUCCACUCAUAACUCUUGUGGAUAUCCAGAGAAGCCGAGAACAAACAAAAAGCAUCAAGCUGGAACAAUGUGUCAAUAAAUCGGAUGAAGUAGACAAGAAGGUGCAAGAUGCUUUAUUUAAUUCAGGACUUUUACUUGCAACAACAGAUAGACUUGCCAUCGGUAAUGCAUUUCUUCGGAAAUUCAAGUUCAAGGAAUUGAGGAGUGCCACUAUGAAUUUCAGUGAUGUUAACAUUCUUGGAUCUGGAGGAUAUGGGAUUGUCUAUAAGGGUUUGAUUGAUGAUAGUUCCUUGAAAGGAGAGAGUUGUGGAUCUUUAUUCCUUAAGAAAAGAGCAAGUAAUGCGUCUAAGAUUACUGUUGCUGUCAAGAGACGAGUUGAUACCUUUAAACAUGGAUCACGGCAGUUUGAGGCCGAGUUAAACUAUCUAGGGCGCUUGCUACACCCUAAUGUUGUCAAACUGUUGGGCUAUUGCAAGGAGGAAAAUAGUAUUGUUUAUGAGUUCAUUCCUAAAGGGAGCUUAAAAGAUCACCUAUUUCAGAGAACACGUUUCCAACCACUUCCUUGGAAGCUGAGAGUAAAGAUAGCAGUUGGUGUCGCUCGAGGUCUCGCAUACUUACACACAACUCAUGUCAUUCAUAGGGAUAUUAAGGCUGCCAACAUCCUUCUUGACUCUGACUUCAAUCCAAAGCUAUCAGAUUUCGGGUUGGCUAUGUAUGGUCCGACUGAGAGGGAAUCCUAUCUCUCACAAGAUGUAUGUGGCACCUAUGGAUAUCUUGCUCCUGAAUAUCUUGCCGACGGAAAAAUGAACGAGAAGGUUGAUGUGUAUGGAUUUGGAAUCCUGUUGCUGGAAUUGCUCUCCGGUAAGCAGGCGUAUGAAAUCCUCACAAUCAAAAAGAGCUCCAAAGAUGAAUGUGAAACAAGUCGACAUUUCUCAACACAAGAAUGUGGAACAAGCAAAGAGAUCACGGAAGAUUUAAGCACAACUAAACAACAAUGGUCUGAAAGUGUACUCAAAACAGCUUCGCCCAACUAUGAAGAAGUUGUUGAUUCAUGUCUCUUAGAUUAUAAAACUCUGACUAGAUUGAUGGAGCCAGAACUCCGUGGACAAUACCCAUUAAAAGCAGCAGUUCUUGCAGUGCAGCUUGCCAAAAGCUGUGUUACCUGGGAUCCUACUAGCCGACCUGCCAUGCAACAAGUUAUAGAGACGCUUGAGCAGAUUCAAACUAUCGACAACCUUCCAGUCAAUUUGGGUUCUGAAAAAAAUUCUGAUCCUUGUUCUUCCUUUUACGAUGUUGAUUUUUCGGUUUCUAGCACAGUGGUGCAUGAGCCAGCUACUUUUGAUGCGGAUACAGAGUUAUCCUUCUCGUCGUUGAAAUGACAAUGUUCUGUCAAAACUGAGAUUUGGUGAUCUGAAAAACAUUUCGGCACAUAGGAGAUAGAUCUUAAAUAUAUGCCUGUUUGCUGUUACCUUUGUAUAAAUGUAGGCUAAUUUAUUACAUUUGAAGAACUGUUGUACAAAGAAUUUGUCUGCUGAGCUUUUGACUUGUGAUCAUAAUGACUAAUCGUUACAGUGGCUUA